AACACCAUGGCUUUUCUCACCUUCCAAGCUCUCGCGCUUGCACCGUUGCUUUUUGUGCUCUACCAAGUACUACAGAGCUCAUUGCGCAGUUAUCGCGUCAAACGUAACGGCUGCGCCGAACCUCCGCAUUAUCCACACAAAGAUCCGAUACUGGGAUUGGAUUUGUUUUCAAAAUACAUGAACGCGUUUAAAGCGGAGAAUUUCCUCGGCUUCAACAAGCAAAUGUACGAUACAUAUGGGCGAACCUUUAAAGCGAACAUAAUGGGCAAAACUACUGUCAGAUCUAUCGACCCGGAAGUCUCCAAAGCUAUAUUUGCGACAUAUGCAUCUAGAUUCGGGCUAGAGCCUUUGCGGUACGGCGUUGCCACGCAUCUGUGGGGCAAUGGUAUCAUAGUCGUGGAUGGAGAGCGAUGGAAGCAUGCGCGUGCGUUGAUGAGACCAAGCUUCGAAGUUGUGCAUCUUGCCAAUUUCGACAGGUUGAGGAAGCACGUAGACGUCUUCAUGGAUCUCUUGCCCAUGGACGGAUCUACAGUAGAUCUCAUGCCACUGUUUCUACGCCUGAUUCUCGAUACAUCUAGCGAAUUCAUUUUCGGUGAAGCGAUGGGUGCGCUAGAGAAUCCAGAACUUGGGGAUAAGAUUACAGAAGCUUUUGCGUACGGGUUAAAGGGCACCGCGAUCAGGAGCAUGCUUAAAAUGUUCAAAUUCCUUCACCGAGACGAGAAGUGGUGGGCGGCGUGUAAAACGAUGACUGACUAUGCGGAUGAGCAUGUGGAGAUGUCACUACAAAGGCUACGCGAGAGAGAUUCUGGCCGAAGCCAGAUCAAAGGAGGUGAGAGGCUGCGACUUGUGGAUGAGAUGGCAAAAGAUACUCAGGACAAACUUACGUUGAGAUCGCACAUCAUCAACACUUUCAGUCCAGCGCACGACGGCGCCAGCAUUACACUCACCAAUGCCAUGUUUCAUCUUGCGCGAAACCCUCAUCGCCAAUGUCUCGAGACAACAAUUCUCCCCUUCGGCGGCGGUCCGGAUGGAAAGCAACCCCUCUACAUCGAGAAGGGCGAUAACGUUGAGAUCAACUACCGCGCUAUGAUGCGUGAUGAAACAUACUGGGGUCAAGACGUGAAUGAGUUCGUUCCAGAGCGUUGGGACCACAUGAGGCCUGGUUGGGAGUACACACCAUUUGGCGGUGGUCCACGCGCGUGUCCUGGCCAGAGGCUGGUUUUCACUGAGAGCGCAUACGUUCUUGUCACCUUGUUGCGAAAGUUUUCGAAAGUGGAGAAUCGCGAUCCUGUUUUCGAGUGGAAAGAGGAGAUGAGAAUGACUUUUCAGAGCAAGAAUGGCUGCAUUGUCGGCCUCAUUGUUUGA